UACAAUAACUUUCACCAAUGAUGUGCUUUUUCCUUAAAGGAAGGCGGAGUUACCAGUUAGUGUCUGGGCCAUAAAUAAGAGGUUCCUAUGUCAGGGAAAUUAGAAGUCAGUUAACAUAAGCAGACUGAGCAUUAGAGGGCUUUACUAAACCACCCAAGUCUGCUGAAAUUGAAGACGCAGAAGAAAUCAGAUAGUUUGUAGGAAGUUUAGAUAUAAAAUCAACAGUAAGAAAGCAUUUUCUCUUGGCAGACCGAUUAGCUGUGCUUAAGGCAGCAUGAAUCCUGUACUUAGUACCUUGUUGUUUUCAGUGCUUCUGCUGCUGACCCACAGAAUUCAGGAGCUGGUGGAGGCGUGCAGCUGUGCCCCUGCUCAUCCGCAGCAGCUCAUCUGCGAUUCUGCUUUAGUGAUUCGAGCAAAAAUAUCCAGUGAAAAGGUGGUUCCUGCCAGUGACAAUCCUCUUGAUACCCACAAAAUGAUCCGGUAUGAAAUCAAACAAAUAAAGAUGUUUAAAGGAUUUGAAAAGCUGAAGGAUGUGCAGUAUGUCUAUACUCCCUUUGAUUCAUCACUCUGUGGAGUGAAACUAGAAGCAAACAACAAAAAACAGUACCUUUUGACAGGCCAGAUUUUAAAUGAUGGUAAAGUCCUCAUCCAUUUAUGCAACUACAUUGAACCAUGGGAUGAUUUAUCCUUGUCUCAAAAGAAGAGUCUUAACCAGAGAUAUCAAAUGGGCUGUGGCUGCAAAAUUACUACCUGCUACAUGGUGCCCUGCUCAAUCACUUCACCAAACGAGUGCCUCUGGACAGACUGGCUGAUAGAAAGAAAGCUAUACGGGCACCAGGCCAAGCAUUACGCCUGUAUCAAGAGAAGUGAUGGCACUUGCAGCUGGUACCGAGGUGGCCCUCCCCCAGAGAAAGAGUUUAUUGACAUCAGUGAACCUUAAAGUGAUCACUUCCUGAAAAGCCUUUGAGUCUAAUUCCAUCAAAAAUUGCACGCUCACAGCUUUGAACUGCUAUCAUCUAAUGUAUCCAUUGCUUAGAAACAAAAACAAAUUGUCCUGUAAAGCUAAAGUAUGAGUCUUUGGAAUUGGCACUCAGACAAGAAGAGGAACAAAUCUCCCGAAGGUAGCUACUCCUUAAGUCGUGCUUUGUACAGAGAGGCUCAAACUGAGAAUGCUGCUCUGGGUUUUAUAAGGCAUAACAAGUUUUUUUUGUUGUUGUUGUUUGUUUUUUUCACCAAUAUGAAUGUAUGAGAACAUAAGAAUGAUCAGAAAUCUGUCCCCUACUUCUGCUAACCUACACAUCGAAAGAGCUCCACGUUUUAUUUCAAAUCAUUCUGAUGAACUAAUGAAUGUUUUAUAGAACUAUUUUUCCCCAUGUGAAAGUCUUCUGAUACAAAAGAAUUAUUGUACAGUGUAUAUGUAAAGUAUUUUAACAAUCUGCUAUAAAAUAUUCAAAAAAUCCCUGUUUUUUCCUUACCUUUUGAAACCAGUUGGACACAUAGAUCAAAACAAUCUAUGCCCCACAUUUUGUUUCGUAAUUAUGUCACAGGUUUCUUUAACUACAGAGUUGUAACAUUUGUUGAUAAUUAAGUUAAAACACAAAGUUGAUAAUCAAAACCCCAAUAUCUAACUCAAUAUUCUACAAGGUAUAGCUAGUCCAUAGGAAUCUAAAGAUCUAAUGCUUCAGCAUUUUGUGGAAUCAACACAAAUGACACCAGGUAAAAACUGCUUACAUGUUUACAGAAACCACACCCAUCAUCACUGCAGCUGUAGUACUUAAUAGUGCCAUUCUAAUUAUGUGACAUUUUAUUUCAGCAAUGUUAAAGCCGUGGUUUCAUAAACUCAUAUAAAAGUAUACGUGCAAGAUAUUUAAUAACUUACACUGCAAGAUUUCUAAAAAGCUCUCAAACAUUUGAUCAUAUUUAAUAGUAAAUUAAAUUUAUAUUAAUCACUUUUCAUUCAUGAAUGCCCAUUCAUGAUGGGCAUUUGGGUAAUUUGUCAUAAUGAGUUUGGCAACUCAUGAACUUACUCUAGAGUUACAACAGUUUGCCUUCAAUUAUUUUUAGGCUUUUAAGUAUUGAUUACUGUGGUCAGUAGCCAGUCUCACACAAACAUAAGUUUACAAAAGCAUCUCAAUUCACAGUGCUAAAACUGCAGAAUUUAUCUCAUUAAGAGUUUAGACAGCUGUUCAAGAAGUGCUUGUGUUCUAGAAACUGGAUGAGAACCACAAUACAUGUUAUGGAUCCUACAUUUUAAUCUAGUUUUCUUUAUUGGGUUUCUUGAAAAUCUUUCCAAUUUUGCCUGAGGAUUACUCUCAUAUUACUCACAUAGGAAUUUAAGACUGCAAACAUUGCAAAAAUGACAGGAACACUCAGCACUAUUCCUUUGAGGGAGAGUCACCUAUGUCCCUUAGGAGGGAUGUAAACAUUGCCUGUCAAUUUCUAUUUACAGUCCUAAAUUAAAACAUCACACACCUGUGCUGCCAAAUAUAAUGCCCAUUUGGUUUUCUGUUUUGCUGUAGACAAACAAAAGAUCACCAGUUGGCCAGUUUCAGCCAUUGACAUACAUGUGUGCACACAUCUACUUACGUAAGGGAAAUAUGAAGGCCACUUUUCUUCCAAUAAGGAACUGAUAUUGCAAAGAGAACACUGGCAGUGCUAAUCGUUGCUAGUGCUGUGUAUAUAUAUUAACGGUUCACAGACACAUUAUAAAAAAAAGGAAAAAAAACAACAGCAAGAAAACCAGGCAUAAUUUCCUACUGUCAAACAGAAACAAUUCAUAGACAAAGUCUGCAAAAGCUUAAUGACGAUACAAGGUCCAAAUCAAGCACAAGGCUGGUUAGUAUUUCACACACGGAAAGAAUAGCAUUUGUUUCCUAAAGUAUUUUGAUGUAAUGGUGCAUUUUGAAUAUCACUCAGCAGAAAACAGAUAUUUUCUGCUUUUAAAUUAAACACAGUUAUGUUUCUUUUUCAAAGUAGACCUUAAACAGAACUAACCAAACUCUCAUUGCCUUCUUUGUAGACAUUGUAAAAAUAAAUGUUUUCUUCAGUAUUUAUGAACAAACUAUAACAUGAAUUGUAUGUUAUAAUGAGUUUUUAAAAUGUUUUAUAUUUGAUCUGCCAUAAAAUAUCCAAUAUGAAAUGUUUCAAAAUUCUUGGCCAUCCAGUUUGAUUUCUGUCUGAAAAAAUCUUGCCAAAACUUCCCAUUAUGGUUGAUAAGAAGAUAUGGGGUGGUUUUUUUCCAUAUAAAUAAAUAUUUCCAGAAAAGAUUUUAAGAAAACCAAACCCUCUCAGAAUGAUUUCUUAAUUUUCCUGAAAAACCAACAAAGAUUAUGAAAAAGAUGAAGUAGUGCUGAUUUCUGGCUGUUACUUUCCUAUAUACAGAUUUGUUUCUGACAGCAGUGGCAUUGGUACAUUAUUAAAAGCAGGUUAACUUUAUUUCUGCUUCCUGACACCACAUGCAUGUUGUCAGGAUGGUCAGAGCAGAAACACAACCUGGUACAACAUUCUAUUUUAACUUGAAAAUGAUUAAUGUGACUUACAAUUAGAGAAAAGAUCAGAGAAUGGAAACGGUACAGGUGAAUGCUGGAGAAAUGAAAUCCUUAAAUAUUGCUGGGUUUUUUUCUUUUGACACAAUGCUUUAUUCAAGUUUUAUUAAAAUGCCCAGCAAUUAUAGUAAGUAUAUUUUUUUUCCCUGAUAUAACAUAGGAGGUAGAAAUGCAGCGAAAUAAAGGGAACUAAUUACUGAGGGAAAGGCUGUAAAUAUGACUCAACUAGCAAUGAGUUUAGAAAGCUUUACAGCAUUUUGUAUAGUUCUAAUCAAUUUGAGAUGGAUGAAUGUUUCUGUUUCAAGAAGUGUUUCUUUAAAGCAGCUCCAGUUUUACACAAAAGAAUGGCAUCUUUGUUUAUUUACCUUUUACUGCUGCCUGAAGACUCAGUACAAACGAUCACCAGAGUAUGAAAGAAACAAAAACCCAGAAGCACAACUGGCAUGCUCAGCCAAAAACUCCAUCCACAGAUCUGAAGUUUACCCCUGCUCUCCUCCCCUUACCCCUCACUGGGUUGAACUGGAUGAAAGGAACUCUAGGUUGUGAUUUGGGGAAUAAGACAUGAAUGCAUGAGCACAAGAGGAGCUACAAAAGGUGAAACAGUAAAAAUCAAAUUCUGUAAAAGUAAAUUCAAAUAAGGCAGGCCGUAAAUAGCAUUUAAAAGUGAAAAUUCAAACAGCAUAUUAUUUCAAUUUAUUAACUAAGAAAAUGCUGACAUCGAAAUAAUUUUACCACCUAUUCUAGAAAUUCAAAUAAAAAUGCUACCUAA